AUGAACUCCCUUACCAGAGCCAUGGAAGGCAUGGCUCUUACAGCCAAGCGUUUUGUGCACCACAGAAUGCUGCCUAAGGCUUAUCCAAAGGUGAACGUCAAGGACGUUGAGCUCCAUCCCCUGAGGCAUGGUUUCCGUAGGAAGAGAAAGCCACUUCUCUCCCAGACAGUGAAAAAUACCCUUUUCCCAUCCACAGUGAUUAAGGAGUUAUACAAGAAGAGGGGAAAGCCAGUCCCUAGAAAGCACAGAGGCAACAGUGACCAGAUUGCCCGCAGAAACUAUGAAAGAUUCCAGGAAGAGGUGGCCAUGGGACUUCCUCAUUUCAAGGUUGGUGGGAAGAAGGUUUACUUUCCCAAGGCCAGAGUGAUUCUCUUGCGUCCCUUGGCCAAGCAUACGCCGUACCAGGCCCGUUUCCUUGUUCCACGUAACUUCAACAAGCUUGAUUUGAGAGAUUACCUUUGGCAUGUCUACGGCUUGAGAGCGCUUAACGUCACUGUUCAGCUAGCCCCAGCUUCGUGGCGCCGUGGUAUGAACGACUAUGCUCGCCACAGAAGUCCACAGUUUAAGAAAAUGACUAUUGAUAUGGAGGAGCCAUUUGUGUGGCCAGACAUGACUGAAGACCAGAAAGAUCCCGAGAAUUUACAAGAAAGGCAGCAGAUGUCUUACAAGAUUAGAUUUGAGGGUGAAAGUAAUAAGGAUAUGCCAGUGGACGCUUUUGAAGGUCUUUACAACAAGCCACAAUUGCCUAAUGCGUUCGUCUCUGCCAAAUCGCAGAAGGCAUUGAAGGCUAAGGUGGACCACAUCACCACCGCCGAAGAGCAUAAGAGCGACAGAGCUGCUGUCGCCAAGUUGUUGAAUUUGUAA